AAAAACGUGCCGGACACCCCUGGGGGCUGGGCUUGGUGGCCUUUCCGCAAAUCGUCCCUGUAGUGCACGUCCACUCCGCGGCCCGGCACUGUGGGCUGCGCUGCCCACCAUGCAGACUCUCCGGGCCGGCCUGGCUCUGGCCCUGGGCGCGGGGCUGGGCGCGGCGGCGGAGCGCUGGUGGCGGCGGCGGGCGGACGCGCGGGCGGCGCCGGGGCUGCUGAGCCGGCUGCCGGUGCUGCCCGUGGCGGCGGCGGCGUCCCUGCCCGCCCUGCCCGGGGCCCCGGCCGGCGGCGGCGGCCCCGGCGAGCUGGCCAAGUACGGGCUGCCCGGCCUGGCCCAGCUCAAGAGCCGCGAGUCGUACGUGCUGUGCUACGACCCCCGCACCCGCGGCGCCCUCUGGGUGGUGGAGCAGCUGCGGCCCGAGCGGCUCCGCGGCGACGGCGACCGCCGCUCCUGCGACUUCCACGAGGACGACUCGGUGCACGCGUACCACCGCGCCACCAACGCCGACUACCGCGGCAGCGGCUUCGACCGCGGCCACCUAGCCGCCGCGGCCAACCACCGCUGGAGCCAGAAGGCCAUGGACGACACCUUCUACCUGAGCAACGUCGCGCCCCAGGUGCCCCACCUCAACCAGAAUGCCUGGAACAACCUGGAAAAGUACAGCCGCAGUCUGACUCGCACCUACCAAAACGUCUAUGUCUGCACCGGACCUCUCUUCCUGCCCAGGACAGAGGCUGACGGGAAGUCCUACGUGAAGUACCAGGUCAUCGGCAAGAACCAUGUGGCAGUGCCCACACACUUCUUCAAGGUGCUGAUAUUGGAAGCAGCAGGGGGACAAAUUGAACUUCGCUCCUAUGUGAUGCCCAAUGCACCUGUGGAUGAAGCAACCCCGCUGGAGCGCUUCCUGGUGCCCAUCGAGAGCAUCGAGCGAGCCUCUGGACUGCUCUUCGUGCCAAACAUCCUGGCACGGUCAGGCAGCCUCAAAGCCAUCACUGCAGGCAGCAAGUAAGGGCAGCAGGCUAUUUUUGAAGAUAAGUCUUAACUAUGACUGUCCAGGAUUCCCACCUCUGUCUGGGUCAAGACUCCUCUGAUGUCCUGGGCCUGGCAGAGCCUUCAGCUGGGUUGGGUACCUGCCUGGAUGAGUUUGGGCUGCAAGGCAGCCAAGGAGAUGAGGAUGGCUUCCUGGAAGAGAAAAAAGUGGAGCGGGCUGGGGCCAAGGGAGCCUGGCAGUGCCUGAGCCAGAAUCUGUGGGGCCAGCAGGGCCCAGGAGGUCAAGGGCAAGACUGUUCCUGCCAGGGAAAGGCCAUGCUUCUCUGCAGCUCCCCUGUGAAAAGGGGAGGGUCACAAAUGCCUCCUUCCCCCAAUAAAAAGCCUAGGGUGCAGUGUU